AUGCUCCGUAAAUGUGUUGGAGAUCCUUCCAGAAUCGUACUUGUAAAGGAUGUCCAAAUCCCUGAAAAGUUAGCUUAUGAAGAAGUGCCUAUGGCUAUACUCGAUAGGCAAGUGCGAAGACUCAGGACUAAAGAUGUCACUUCAGUUAAGGCAUCAGCAGGCCGUGGUAGAGCCAAAGGUGGAGUAUCUAGCUCCAGCAGUCCACAGAACCAUAUUUAUGCAUUAGCUGGUCGACAGGAUCUCGAGUCAUCUCCAGAUGUCGUUAUAGGUAUAUUGUCAGUCUUUUCUCAUGACGUAUAUGCAUUGAUAGACCCAGGCUCCACUUUAUCGUAUAUUACUCCUUUUAUUGUGGGGAAAUUCAGGGUAGAACCUGAGCUGAUUAAACCAUUUGAGGUGUCUACACCAGUGGGUGAUCCAACAAUAGCCAAACGAGUUUAUAGAGAUUGUGUAGUUAUAAUUUGUAAUCGCCACACCAUAGCAGACUUGAUCGAGUUAGAUAUGGUUGACUUUGAUGUCAUUAUGGGCAUGGACUGUUACAAGGAGCAAAUUACUUUUCAAAGAUCGAGUUACCAUCAGCUGAGAGUUAAGAAGAAUGAUAUUCUGAAGACGACCUUCAGGACUAGAUAUGGACACUUUGAAUUCUUAGUAAUGUCUUUUAGGCUAACGAAUACACCAGCAAUGUUUAUGGACUUGAUGAAUAGUGUAUUCCGCCCUUUCUUGGAUUCGAUCAUGAUUAUAUUUAUUGACGACAUCUUGGUUUACUCUCGCUCAGAAACUAAGCAUGCAGAUCAUUUACGAAGGGUACUGCAGAUACUACGGGACAGGAAGUUAUAUGCCAAGUUUUCCAAAUGUGAUUUCUGGUUGAACUCAGUGGCAUUCCUCGAUCACAUAAUCUCGGAUGAGGGUAUACAAAUUGAUAGUUAG